UUGUUACUUGUAGACUAGUAGUUAAAUAUAAUGUCGUCAAAUGCAGGUCACUCUCAACAAGCCAGUAAUUUUUAUUCAAGGCUCAGUUCUCACGUCCCUAAAGACGGCAAGGCCAAAAUAAUCUCUAGGUCGUCACCGUCACAAGGCCUGGUGACAUACACGUUGGAAGUUGGCACCGCAAUUAUCCCGCAGUUCUCGCUUGCCGAAGUUGAGGAAUACGUCUCAGCCCAUGAUCUAGAAGUCUUCGAGAACCAGACUUUUGAAAGGGAGAUCGCCGAACAAGAGUUGCAGCAGAAAGACCGACUAGCCGCCAAAGCACAAGCCCGACGACUCAAGGGAACUGCUACACACUCAGAUUCAAGUUCCAAUAGAUCAGCCCGCGACGAAUCAAUCUCUGGCGCGUCACUUUCUGGCGGAGACGAUGCUAGAGCGGCAGUCAGAGGCAGACAAAGACCGACUUACACCCAGUUUUACCCCAAACAACGAGCACCGAGAGGUUCUCUAAAGGCCGCUUCCUCAGCUCGAGUCACCUUGUCCAACAGAACGGCCGAUUCAGGACUCAAUGGCUCAAACAAUAGAGGCAUCAAAAGACGGCGGUUGGAUGAUGAUCGAGAUGGCAGUAUCGCUUCGUCUAAAGACACCGAGAGCGUCUACAGUACAGGCUCUGUCAAGAGACUCACUCAUCCACCCUCAGCUAUGGAGCAAGCAGCAGGUCUGGUCCCAGAUGCGUACGAAGAGUAUGACAAUAUGGAUCUCGACGAUGAAUCCGACCACGAUGUGGAGAUGCCGAUCCGGCAGCCAACGCGGAGCAUAUCAGCCACAGUGCAGGACAAGACCAAAGGCAAAGAUGCGGCAAGCAAUUUCUUCACAUUCAGAGACCAUGCCGUUCCAUCUGCAUCAAGAGGCGUUCUACCCAGAUCUUCUCAAACCCAACCGACCAAGACAAGUUUUACGCGCUCCUCACCUGGAGCACAACUAUCCUCAGCCCUGGCAAAAGCAGCAGCGUUGAAACUCGCCUCAAGCAAAUCUCUUCAAGCAUCUCAGACAACGAAACAGAAUAUUGAUAAUAACAACCGUCAAGCAGUAAUCAACAUGGACGACCCCUCAUCCUCUGACUCCGAAUCCGGCUCGGAAGACUCGGAAAUAUACACUGUCGAAAGAAUUCUUGCCCACAAUCUCUCAGAUCCAAAAUCCCAUGACAAAUCCAUCCAUGGUGAGAAGCCAGUUAUGCUGUUUCAAGUCAAAUGGGAGGGAUACGACGAGACAACAUGGGAGCCGGAAACGAGUUUCGAGGACAAGGAAGUGUUGCGGGAGUAUUGGGCGCAGCAAGAGCAGAAGCAGAAGCCGAAGCAGAAACAGAGUUAGAAGCAGUCAGCUUCGACAUGCAAGGACACAGGCAUGGUCAAGGUUCAGAGAAAGGAUCUGUGGGCCAUGCUGGACGUCUAAAGAGCCUUAGGAUGUUGUUGGUUGAGAUCGAAAUCACCAGUGGUAACGUUACUGCUUAGUUCAGGGCCAAGCGAUCAAUUCGCUAAGGAAUCACGAAGAAACUACGAAGGAACUCGGCAAGAAGAUAAUCCUCAGUAUGGCGGCUAGACAGAGAAGUUGCAGGCUUCCAAGUUGCUUCAAUAAUAAUGAAUAGAAAGAAUCAAAAUGUUUGCGGACGUCAUCGGCUAUGCCCGAGUUGUUCCGAAGUACCGAAGUGAUUGGUCAAAGCGCGGGAUGGUUGAGAAGGCUUGCCAGGACUUGGUUUCUAAAAAUCGGCCGCUGCGAUUCUUCUUGU